AUGCUUGAACUAAUAAUUAUUAUAGAUUUAUCCGAUUCUCCGCCCACAAGCCAUAUCGGUUUUAGGUUCUUCGAUCAUGAGAGCCGCGCUCGCCUCCACCCUGAAGGAGACAUCCGCUGUGGAAACUGGCAAGAGUUUGACGUUGGACAAGAUCCAACAACAGAGGGCGCCAAAAACCACAUCCGUGGAUUUAACCAUAAACCGACUGACUACUACAUAUCGCUUACCACAUCGCCACUACACCAGAAAAUUAUGGUCAUUGAUUUGCGUGUUUUACAAAAACUUGGUAUACCGUUUGGCAGCACCACGGAUGACCUCGGCUUCAGUGGCACGGGUGUGAUUAAAACUAAGUAUGCCGCGAAGCACCAUGUCAUGGUUGCGGGAUGGAUUCCACCUCACAGUAUCGCAGGGUAUCUCCCUGUAACAAACUUCAAAGAUUUACUAGAGGCCACACAGAUUGAUACUUCUCGGGAAUCAAGUAGGUCAAUCCAAUCCGUCAGCCUUGCUAUCUUUAAAUGUUGA